CAUGAUAAAUUGAAAGGUAUGGGUGCAAGCGAAGAGAUCACGGACGAAGAUGCUCGGCAAAUUAUUUUCGAUAUCGAAACUGCAUAUAAUUCAUUUACACGUUUCUUGCACAACUCUUAA